CCGGGUGCUGUAGAUGUCCUGGAGGGCAGGCAGUGCGCCCCAGCGUCCUCUCCCCACCCCCAGCCCUCUGCCCUCCGCUCCCCAGCCCAGAGAACUCAUGGCCAUCGAGGAGGAGAGCGAGAGGCUGGCCAGGGAGCUACGAGAGGUGUCCAGGAACAGAGACAGCCUGAUGAACCAGCUGAUCCAGCUCAGCCAAUACAGAGGGAUUUUGAUCCAGACACAGUCCCUCACAGUCUCACAGGCUCCGCCUCCCUCUUCUCUGGAGACUGCCGCCUUACUGGACAACAGACAAGACAUCAGGCUGAGUUUUGUGUCUGGCGUGGUCCACCCGUGGAAGGUUCCGUCGUUUGAGCGGCUGCUAUGGCGAGCGUGCCGCGGUUACAUCAUCGUCGACUUCAGGGAGAUGGACGAGAGCCUGAAACAUCAAUCACAGGGCGAGAUGGUCCAGUGGACAGUCUUCCGCAUCUCUUUCUGGGGCGAGCAGAUUGGACAGAAAGUCAAGAAGAUCUGUGAUUGUUUCCACACCCACACCUUUGACUACCCAGAGGGCACAACGGAGAGAGAGCAGAUUCUGCACGGGCUGCAGGGAAGGAUAGUAGACAUCAAAACGGUCCUCUCCCAGACGGAACAUUACCUGCAGUAGCUGCUGUGUCGCUCGGUGGCCCUGCUGCCCCAGUGGAAGGUGCGGGUCCAGAAGUGUAAGGCCGUCCAGGCCGUGCUCAACCUCUGCAGCCCCUCCGUCACUGACAAGUGUCUGAUCGCUGAGGCCUGGUGUCCCGUCAGCAAGCUGCUACUGCUGCAGAGCGCCCUAAUAGAGGGAACGAGGAAGAACGAUAGUGGUGUGGACUCACUCUAUAACCGCCUCCCGGACCCAAGCACCCCUCCUCCCACCCUCUUCCACACCAACUCCUUCACAGCCGGCUUCCAGAGCAUCGUAGAUGCAUACGGUGUUGCCAGAUACAGAGAGGUCAACCCAGCGGUGUACACCAUUAUCACCUUCCCCUUCCUGUUUGCGGUGAUGUUUGGGGACGUGGGCCACGGCCUCCUCAUGACCAUGGCCGCUCUCUGGAUGGUGCUGCAGGAGAGAGACCUCAAACUCAGGACCAACGACAACGAGAUCUGCCAGAUGAUGUUUGGUGGUCGGUAUCUGAUUCUGCUGAUGGGUCUUUUCUCUAUCUACACUGGAGCUGUGUACAACGAGUGUUUCAGUAGAGGCCUCAGCCCCUUCCCCUCGGGAUGGCGCCUGCAACCUGUUCCAACACUACAACUGAAGUACCGACUCGGUUUCCCCAAGGAGUCCGUGGAAGUGUUGGACAGUGUGGCAUAG